UCAGCCACGUGGAGGGUCUCCAAGCUGCUCUCCAUCGUGAGUCAGGACUGGACUGCCUGCCAUGUUUUCUAGGUUGUUAGUCGCUCCUCUUCCUCUUCCUCUUCUUCUGCUGGUGGUGCUGCUGCUGCUGGUCACCAGAGCGGAGGAGUUGAAAGGUCAGAAUAAGGGCAGCGGCGGGUGUGUGUGCGGCCACCCAGGGAUCCCCGGUGACCCCGGCCACAACGGGCUGCCGGGACGAGACGGCCGAGACGGGAUGAGGGGAGACAAAGGAGAUAGAGGAGACCUUGGUCUUCGCGGAGCGGCGGGGUCAGAGGGCAUGAAAGGAGCGCAGGGAGAGCCUGGAGCGGCCGGGACACCGGGAGCGAAGGGCCGGCGCGGCGAGAACGGAGAGCGGGGCUCCCCGGGGAAGAUGGGCCCCCAAGGCGUCCAGGGGCCCGUCGGGGUCAAAGGUCAAAAGGGCGAGCUGGGGUUGCCAGGUCCGCAGGGGAUCAAAGGGGAGGUGGGUCCCGAGGGCCCCCCGGGUGAGAAAGGUUCGCUGGGAUACCAGGGGGAAAAGGGCUUCAGCGGGCCCGUUGGCCAGCCUGGGCGCCCGGGCACCAAAGGCGAGAUGGGCCCCCCUGGGCACAAAGGCAGCAUCGGGUACCGUGGCGAGAGAGGCCCACGGGGCGAGCAGGGAGAGAAGGGCGACGCGGGGCCCUUACCCAACAUCCCCAAGAGCGCCUUCUCCGCCGGCCUGACGGACAGCACCAAGCUCCCCGCCUCCAACGCGCCCAUCCGCUUCGACCGCGUCAUCUACAACCGCCAGGGCCACUACGACCCGCUCACCGGACGCUUCACCUGCGCUCACAGCGGCGCCUACUACUUCUCCUACCACAUCACCGUCUUCUCGCGCAAUGUCAAGGUGGCGCUGAUGAAGAAUGGCCAGAAGAUCAUCCACACGAUGGAUAACUACCAGUCGAGCGAGGACCAGGCGGCGGGGGGUACGGUGCUCCACCUGGACGCGGGGGACAAGGUCUGGCUGCAGGUGAUGGGAGGCAGCCUCUUCAACGGCCUCUACGCAGACGACGACGACGACACCAUAUUCUCGGGCUUUAUUUUGUUUCCUGAUGACGAUUAA